GACAAGGACCUGCCGCUGUGGCGACUCGCCGACCGCCGCUACUGGUUCAACCGCCACCUAAUGACGCCGUUCGUCCAAGCCGGCCUGCACAGCUUCAUUCUCGUCCUCAUGCAGGGCUUCUGCGAGGAGAUCACGGUUCCGCUCCCGAUCCAGCCGUACCGCACGCUCUCGGGCCGCGAGCCCGACCCAGCGUCGCCGGCUUCCAUCGACCUCGACCUCAUCAUUAUCUCGCGUCGCUCGACUGAGCGCCCGGGUCUACGGUAUCAGCGUCGCGGCAUCGACGACGCCGGCCACGUCGCCAACUCUCGAGACCGGCAGCGACGCAUGCGCACAAGAUGCGCCAGGUCGCUCACUUGCGCCUCGCUCGCCGUCCCGGCUCUGCACCUCUUUUGGUCCCAGUCGCCGUACGCCCUCAAGCCGCCGCCUGUCCUCGAGCGCACGAAGGAGGAGAGCCGAGCGGCGAUGCGGCGGCACUUCGACGACCUCGUCGAGCGCUACGGGCCUGUCACGGUCAUCCAGCUCGCCGAGACGGACGGCAAGGAGGGCGUCGUCGUAAAGGCGUACAGGGAGGGUGUCGCGAGCCUGGGCCUCAAGGACGUUCGCUACCUCGACUGGGACUUUCAUAAGGCGACACGCGGCUUCCACUACGAGAACCUGAGCCAGCUCAUCGACCUCGUCUCGGACGACCUCGAGAACUUCUCGACCUUCUGGGCAACGCCCUCCACCGUCUACUCGACGCAAAGGGGCAUCAAUCGCAACAAUUGCGUGGAUAAUAUAGAUAGAACGGGCGUCAGCCAGGCCGCCGUGUCGCGUUGGGUCCUUCGCCGCCACCUCGUCCACCUCGGCCUGACGUCCGGCGAGGAGGCCGGCAUGCACGACGACCUCGACCUCGCCUUCAACACCUUGUGGGCCGACAACGGUGACGCCAUCAGUCGCGAGUACACCGGCUCGAGCGCUCUCAAGGGCGACUUUACUCGAACAGGCGUGCGCAAUUGGCGAGGCGCCGUCAACGACGCGAACAACUCGAUGGUCAGGCUCGUGCAGGGCACCGUUGCCGACUUCUUCAAGCAGGCCGCUCUCGACUACAUGCUCGGCGUCAACGUGCGCGCGUUCGAGGAGUUUUCGGCGCGCCUCGAGACGAGCGACCCGAGCGAGAUCCUCCGCCUCGGCAAGAUCCGCCAGGAGGCGAUCGACACGUCGUGCCGCGAGGUCCUGCCCGAGGGCGAGGUCAAGGUCGACGCCUGGACGCUCCUCUCGCCGUCGCCGGGCGACAGCAUCGUCCGCCCUCCCGCUCGUCGCGGCAAGUACGAGGAGAAGGUCGUCAUCCUGUCGAGCCGGGCCGUCCACGUCGUCAGCUACGAGUACACGCUCCAGAAGGUCUCGUCGGCGGUCCGCAUCCCGCUCGGCAGCAUCAAGGGCGUCCAGACGGGCGCCUACAUUCUGUCGUCGCUCGACGCCGCCGCUCGCGACCCGACCGAGAACUACGGGUUCCUCCUGCGGUUCGCCGACGAGGACGCGACUGAGCAGAUGCGCACCUACUCGCUGCGCACGACGCCCACCCGCAAGUCGUCGUCUGCCUCGUCAUCAUCGUCCGGCGGCCGGUCGAACCUCAAGCCGCUCAAGCUCGCCGCCGCCGACAAGUCGUCGCCCUCUUCUGCCUCGUCCGCUUCCCCUCUCGAGACGCACUUCUUCGCCUUCAAGGCCCUGCGGCGCGACGCGAUCCAGGAGAAGGACAUCAUCAGCGUCGCCGAGAGUCGGGCGUCGACGAGCAUCGUCGACAAGCUCACGCACUCGCUGGCGCGAACGAUCUGGGCGUAGCUCUCUGUUGAUCGAUGCCGUUUUCUCU